AUGUGGCGGGGAAUAGUCAAGGCAAGAGACGCGGUGGCAAGGGGGUUUCACCCUCGCUUGGGGACUGGUAACUCAUCCCUUUGGUACAACAACUGGUUGGGUACAAGGAUGAUAGCGCAACGAAUUCCAUUUGUUCAUAUCACAGACACAAACUUAUGCGUGGCAGAUUUGUGGCGGCACGGAGGAUGGGACUUUAACCAGUUAUAUACUCAAUUGCCUGAUGAGAUUAAGCAUGAAAUCAGCAUAGUGCAGAUUCCGCAGCAACCAGUUGGAGUCGAUAAGAUUUUGUGGCAUGAAGAGAAUGAUGGUAAGUAUACUUGA